UGCUGAACGUGCAGUCUGCGGUGCCGAUCAUCAUGGGCGCCAACAUCGGAACAUCCGUCACCAACACUAUUGUGGCUAUGAUGCAGGCAGGAGACCGAAAUGAGUUUCGCAGGGCCUUUGCCGGAGCUACAGUCCACGAUUUCUUCAACUGGCUGUCCGUGCUGAUUCUUCUGCCCCUGGAGGUCGCCACAGGUGUUCUGUACAAACUCACUCACCUCGUGAUCAAAUCCUUCAACAUCCAGACCGGAGAGGACGCCCCCGACCUGCUCAACGUCAUCACAGACCCUCUGACCGAAGCCAUCAUCCAGCUGGACAAAUCCGUCAUCACUGGCAUCGCCACCGGUGACUCAGCAGCCAGAAACAAGAGUCUGAUCAAAGUGUGGUGCAAAAAAGAAGUAAACACGACUUACUGGAACGAAACAGUGGUGAACUGCACUGCCGGUUCCGUGUGCUGGGAGGAAGGAAACCUGACCUGGACCCAGUUGAAUUCGUCUUGGAUCGAUUACCAAGAGAAAUGCACUCACCUCUUCGCCAAUGCUAAUUUGCCGGACCUGGCGGUAGGCCUCAUCCUCCUGGCUCUGUCUUUGCUCAUCCUCUGCACCUGCCUCAUCCUCAUCGUCAAGCUGCUCAACUCCAUGCUGAAGGGACAGGUGGCCGUGAUCAUCAAGAAGGUGCUCAACACAGACUUCCCUUUCCCUUUCGCUUGGGUUACUGGAUACAUUGCGAUUUUGGUGGGAGCGGGGAUGACCUUCAUCGUUCAGAGCAGCUCCGUGUUCACCUCCGCUAUUACUCCUCUUGUUGGUAUUGGUGUCAUCAGUCUCGAGAGAGCUUAUCCGCUGACACUGGGGUCAAAUAUUGGCACGACAACCACCGCUAUCCUCGCUGCCAUGGCGAGCCCUGGAGAAACACUAGCCGACUCCCUGCAGAUUGCACUUUGUCAUUUCUUCUUCAACAUCAUGGGUAUCCUCCUCUGGUAUCCAAUCCCCUUCAUGCGGGUGCCCAUCAGGUUGGCCAGAGCGCUGGGGAACCGUACGGCCAAAUACCGCUGGUUUGCCGCACUCUACCUCUUCCUGUGCUUCCUGGUUUUGCCUCUGUCUGUGUUUGGCCUGUCGUUGGCCGGCUGGAAGGUCCUGGUCGGCGUCGGCGUGCCCAUUAUUGCGUUGGCUAUCAUUGUGAUCAUUAUCAACGUGAUGCAGAAUCGCUGCCCCCACUUCCUGCCCGAGGUCCUCCAAAACUGGGAGUUUUUGCCCCGGCCCCUGCACUCCAUGGCGCCCUGGGACAGAAUGGUGACCUCGACUUUGGGCUUCUGCGGCAGACACUGCUGCUGGUGCUGCAAGUGCUGCAAGUGCUGCAGGAGCUGCGGAAAAACAGACGAGGACGAAAAGAUAACGGGGAACAAAAAGAAGAGUCUGGAGAUGUAUGAUAAUCCGGCCAUGUCGAGAGACGAGGACACAUCGGAUGCUGAUAAAGCGACACAAUUUUAAUAUUAUUAAGUUAAAUUUAUAUCUAUAACUCAAUGCAAUAAUGUAUUAGUCACACAGCUCUCAGGUUGCGGUAUGCUCAUGAUU